CCUCUCCGGGAAAGGCCCCUCCCCUCCCUCACUUAUUAGUCCGUUAGUGUGGGGAGCUGUGUCUUUGCUCCCCCCACCUGCAGGCGGGGCUCAUUGUCUGGGGCCUGGGGCCCAUUGUGUAGGGAAGAGAGCCUCAUUGGCAGGGCAUCAGUUUGUGAUCAUCUGCUCCCUGGCCCCGAUUGGCUGGAUGAGAGGGGGACUCCCCAGGGCCUGGGGACACAGAAGUUUGUACAGCAACUUUUUCCAGCAUGAAGUGACUGUGUGUCCAGGCUUCGGAGUGGAGGUGUGCCCGCCCAGCCAGGAUGACACUCUGCGGGACCUUCCUGGAAAAUGAGUUCCGGGGCGAGCUGCUGAGCCAGAGGUGGACACACGGAGACAAGGCCAACAGCUGCAGGACCUCGAGACUCCUCCUGGGCAGACACGGCAAGAUGAGCUUAGAAAGCGAGGAUAAGCGAGCUCGGACGCGAUCCAAGGCCCGAGCUCCCCCAGAGCCUGCAGGUGCCGACCUCAGCUGCCCUACCCCAGGAUGCACGGGCUUGGGACACAUCCGGGGCAAGUACUCCAGGCACCGCAGUUUGCAGAGCUGCCCUCUGGCCAAGAAGAGGAAGCUGGAGGGUGCCGAGGCCGAGCACCUGGUGUCCAAGCGGAAGUCACACCCGCUGAAGCUGGCUCUGGAUGAGGGCUAUGGCGUGGACAGCGACGGCAGCGAGGACGCCGAGGUGAAGGGGGCCUCUGUGUCGGAUGAAUCGGAAGGAACUCUGGAGGAGGACGAGGCGUCAGAACAGGAGGACAUUCACCGCCCUGAGCCAGCUGAAGGAGGGAGUCCUGUCAAGUCUCAUUUCGGAUCCAACCCCGUCAGCAGCUCUACCAGCUCCUCCAAGGGCAGCUACAGCAGCUAUCAGGAAAUCAUUGCUACUUCUCUCCUAAACUUGGGCCAAAUAGCUGAAGAGACCCUGGUCAGGGAGGACUUGGGCCAGGUGGCCAAGCCAGGCCCCAGCAUCAUGCACCUGGUUCAGGAGGAGGCUGAGGAAGGAGCUACCAGCGAUGAGGGGGAAAAGGACGUCUUUAUCCAGCCAGAGGACGUGGAGGAAAUCAUUGAAGUCACCAGCGAACGCUCCCAGGAGCUGUGCCCCCUGUCCCUGGAGGGUGUGGCCAGUGAGGAGUCCUGCCAGCAGAAGGUCGCCCUGGGUAAUGAGGAGGAAGAGGAGGAGGAGGAGGAAGAGGAGGAGGAGGAGGAGGACGAGGAGGACGAGGAGGAGGAUGAGGAGGAGGGGGAGGAGACUGCUCCUGAGGAGAUCUGCCAGGAGGGUGUGCCCCAAGCCCCCACCCAGAAGGCCUCCAAGCCUGAGUACUCGGUCAUAGUGGAGGUGCGCUCAGACGAUGGCAAGGAUGAGGACUCGCGUUCCCAGAAGUCCGCGGUCACAGACGAGUCGGAGAUGUACGACAUGAUGACCCGUGGGAACCUGGGCCUCCUUGAGCAGGCCAUUGCCCUGAAGGCCGAGCAAGUGCGAGCCGUCUGCGAACCAGGCUGCCUGUCUGCCGAGCAGGGCCAGCUGGGCCCCGCUGAGCCAGGGAAGGCGGCAAGGCCUUUGGAUGCCACAAGGAAGAACUACUGCAGCAAAGAUCCCUCAAGAGCUGAGAAGCGUGAGAUCAAGUGUCCCACACCGGGCUGUGAUGGCACUGGCCAUGUCACUGGGUUGUACCCUCACCACCGCAGCCUGUCCGGCUGCCCCCACAAGGACAGGAUCCCCCCGGAGAUCUUGGCCAUGCACGAGAACGUGUUGAAGUGCCCCACUCCCGGCUGUACGGGCCAGGGCCACGUGAACAGCAACCGCAACACGCACAGAAGUUUGUCCGGGUGUCCUAUUGCUGCUGCUGAAAAAUUAGCCAAAGCUCAUGAAAAGCAACAGCCACAGCCGGGAGAUCCUUCCAAGAAUAGCUCCCAUUCAGAUCGGAUCCUCAGGCCCAUGUGCUUUGUGAAGCAGCUCGAGGUCCCUCCAUAUGGAAGCUACCGGCCUAGUGUGGCCCCUACCACGCCCAGAGCCAACCUGGCCAAGGAGCUGGAGAAGUUCUCCAAGGUCACCUUCGAUUACGCAAGUUUUGAUGCUCAGGUUUUUGGCAAACGCAUGCUUGCCCCAAAGAUUCAGACCAGCGAAACCUCACCUAAAGCCUUUAAAUCCAAACCUUUCCCAAAGGCCUCUUCCCCCAGGCACAGCCCCUGCACUUCAUCCUCUUCCACAGGCUUUGACUACGCCCACGACGCUGAGGCUGCGCACAUGGCCGCCACUGCCAUCCUGAACCUCUCCACCCGCUGCUGGGAAAUGCCUGAGAACCUCAGCACGAAGCCACAGGACCUGCCCAGCAAGGCGGUAGACAUUGAGGUGGACGAAAAUGGAACCCUGGACUUGAGCAUGCACAAACACCGCAAGCGAGAGAGCGCCUUCCCCAGCAGCAGCAGCAGCAGCAGCAGCCCGGGCAUGAAGUCUCCCGAUGCCUCCCAGCGCCAGAGCAGCACCAGCGCCCCCAGCAGCUCCAUGACCUCACCCCAGUCCAGCCAGGCCUCCCGCCAGGAUGAGUGGGACCGGCCGCUGGACUACACCAAGCCCAGCCGCCAGCGAGAGGAGGAGCCUGAGGAGUCAGAGCCAGCAGCCCAUUCUUUUGCUUCUUCUGAAGCAGAUGACCAGGAAGUGUCGGAAGAGAAUUUUGAGGAGCGGAAGUACCCCGGGGAUGUUACGCUGACCAACUUUAAGCUGAAGUUUCUCUCCAAGGACAUAAAGAAGGAGCUGCUCACCUGUCCCACCCCCGGCUGUGACGGCAGUGGCCACAUCACCGGGAACUAUGCCUCCCACCGCAGCCUCUCUGGUUGCCCUCUUGCUGACAAGAGCCUCAGAAACCUCAUGGCUGCCCAUUCUGCUGACCUCAAGUGCCCCACACCUGGCUGUGACGGCUCUGGCCACAUAACGGGGAACUACGCAUCGCACCGGAGCUUGUCAGGCUGCCCUCGUGCCAAGAAAAGUGGAGCCAAGGUGACGCCCACGAAGGACGACAAGGAAGACCCUGAGCUGAUGAAGUGCCCAGUUCCUGGCUGCGUGGGGCUCGGUCACAUCAGUGGAAAAUAUGCCUCUCACAGAAGUGCGUCUGGCUGCCCGCUGGCCGCCCGGAGACAGAAAGAGGGUUCCCUCAACGGCUCGUCAUUUUCCUGGAAGUCGCUGAAGAACGAGGGGCCCACCUGCCCCACUCCGGGCUGUGAUGGCUCUGGCCACGCCAACGGGAGCUUCCUCACCCAUCGGAGCUUGUCUGGCUGUCCUAGAGCGACCUUUGCUGGGAAGAAGGGAAAGCUCUCAGGGGACGAGGUUCUCAGCACAAAGUUCAAGACGAGUGACGUGCUGGAGAAUGAUGAGGAGAUCAAGCAGCUGAACCAGGAGAUUCGCGACCUGAACGAGUCCAACUCGGAGAUGGAGGCCGCCAUGGUGCAGCUGCAGUCUCAGAUCUCUUCCAUGGAGAAGAGCCUGAAGAACAUCGAGGAGGAGAACAAGCUCAUUGAGGAGCAGAACGAAGCCCUGUUUCUGGAGCUGUCAGGCCUGAGCCAGGCCCUCAUCCAAAGUCUCGCCAAUAUCCGCCUUCCGCACAUGGAGCCAAUAUGUGAACAGAAUUUUGAUGCCUACGUGAGCACCCUCACCGACAUGUACUCCAACCAGGAGAGCUACCAGAACCCCGAGAACAAGGACCUCCUGGAGAGCAUCAAGCAGGCCGUGAGGGACAUCCAGGUCUAGGCCUCCUUGUUUGAGAAGCUGCCCUGCUGAUCCCAGGUGCCUGGGCACCCCAGCUUGGCUCUGUUGUUUACCUCCCUCUCCUGCCCUCCCAGUGGAGAGUCCCAGACUCCAGUGGCUUCUGGCGGGCAGCUGGGGCAGCAUCAGGUGGUUUAUCCAACAGGGUGCCUGGAAAUCAGUGUCUCCCGUGAUGCGAUGCGCUUGCCAGGCCAGAGGCCUCGACCACCCCUCUCGAGUGCAGGGCGGGGCAUGAAGUAUUACAAAGUGAUUUAUUUUUGUUUUCUGAAAGAAAUCUGAGGAGCAGCUCGAAGUCUCCAGCGGAAGCUCAUGGACAAGGUUCUCAGGGAAGUUUUGGAGUUUGCAACCACAGUAUUCGUCUGUCAGGCGGGGAGGGCAGCAGCGGGCACAGGUGGGUGGUGCGUGUGAGGGUGUCAGCCUGGAGCACGCGCCCAGGGGCGUGCGUCUGCUCGUGAGGCCAAUGUGGCAAGUGUGUUUUCUGUUUCCAUUUAAUUCAGUUUUGUGUUAAGGACGGAAUAACGCGCUGUUCUGGAGGCUAAGUUAGGAAGAGGCCUGCAGCCCAGUGUCAGCUCCAG